UCAAUAAACUGUUCAUGGCAACGCAAAUUGGGGAAACAAAACUCCGCAGUUUUUUGUAACCUAACAAAUUAAAUAAAGUUUUUGUUAAUCAUAAAACCAACGCACGAAAAAAUGCCACAAGAAACACAAAUACCCAACGUCGGAUUGGAGGGCGAUGAAAUUGAAAAUGUUCGAGUUGUAGUGCGUGUCCGGCCAAUGGAGAAAUCUGAAAUUAACUGUGGUGCUGUUAAUGUUAUACAAGUGGAUAAAAUCAAUCGAGCCAUCACAGCCGUAAAACCCAACGCAACAUCCAAUGAGCCGCCAAAAACAUACUACUUCGACAAUGUUUUCAGUAGCGACUCCAAUCAACUCGAUUUAUAUGUUGAUACUGCACGUCCUAUAGUUGAAAAGGUGCUGGAGGGAUACAAUGGUACCAUCUUUGCUUAUGGACAAACAGGUACAGGCAAAACCUACACCAUGUCGGGCAAUCCCGAUUCACCACAAACGAAAGGCAUUAUACCCAAUGCAUUUGCGCACAUCUUUGGACACAUUGCUAAAGCUCGAGAAAAUCAGAAAUUUUUGGUACGUGUGAGCUAUAUGGAGAUAUACAAUGAAGAAGUACGUGACUUGCUGGGCAAAGAUGUUAGCAAAAGUCUGGAAGUAAAAGAACGACCCGAUAUUGGCGUAUUCGUGAAAGAUCUAAGUGGCUAUGUUGUGCAUAAUGCAGAUGAUCUCGAAAAUAUUAUGCGUUUGGGCAACAAAAAUCGUGCUGUUGGUGCUACAAAAAUGAAUCAAGAAUCAUCGCGUUCACAUGCCAUUUUCUCGAUUACAGUAGAGAGUAGCGAGCUGAGUCAGGGUGACAUGACAAAUGUACGAAUGGGUAAGCUGCAGCUAGUGGACUUGGCGGGCUCGGAGAGGCAGAGUAAGACACAGGCAAGUGGGCAACGCUUGAAAGAAGCAACCAAAAUUAACUUAUCACUUUCUGUAUUGGGUAACGUAAUAAGUGCUUUGGUGGACGGAAAAAGCACCCAUAUACCCUAUCGUAACUCAAAGCUGACACGUUUGCUGCAAGACUCACUAGGUGGCAAUUCGAAAACGGUGAUGUGCGCCACAAUUAGUCCAGCAGACACUAAUUAUAUGGAAACCAUUUCUACGCUGCGAUACGCUAGUCGCGCCAAGAAUAUACAGAACCGUAUGCGUGUUAAUGAGGAACCAAAGGAUGCGCUGUUGCGUCAUUUCCAGGAGGAAAUAGCACGUUUACGUAAACAGCUGGAAGAGAGCAAUCACGAAGAUCCAAUAUCUGAGGAAGAUGAUGAAGAUGCUGAUGAGGAUGAGGGCGACAUUGAAAUAGAAAUUGAGGAAACCCCCACAAUCAAUGGCAAAAAAUCGAAAAAACGCGAGAAGAGCGAUGCUGAAAAGGAGGAAAAAGAGCGACAGGCACGGGAACAUCAACGCGAAAUUGAACAUGCGAAGUCUGAGCAAGAACAAUUGCGCAAUAAACUGAUGUCACUUGAAGGCAAAAUAUUAGUUGGUGGAGAAAACUUGCUUGAGAAGGCGCAAACCCAGGAGAAAUUACUUGAGCAAUCCUUGGCCGAAUUAGAAGAACGUGAAAAGACUGAGGAAACGCUGCGUCAGACAUUGCAGCAAAAAGAAACUGAGCGCAUAGAUAUUGAAGAACGAUACUCGUCACUGCAAGAAGCAAGCACCGGCAUAACAAAGAAAAUUCAUCGAGUAAUGCAAAUGCUAAUGGGCGUUAAAUCCGAAUUAGCCGAUCAACAGCAGGAGCAUCAGCGCGAGAAGGAAGGAAUUUAUGAAAAUAUACGCAGCCUAUCACGCGAAUUGGCUCUAUGUGAAUUGGUGCUUAAUUCUUACAUACCCAAGGAGUACCAGUCAAUGAUAAAUCAGUAUACUCACUGGAAUGAAGACAUCGGCGAGUGGCAGUUGAAAUGCGUUGCCUACACUGGUAACAAUAUGCGCAAACACAUCGCUGAGCCGCAGGAAACAACCAAUAAGCAGGAAUUUAUCGAUCUCUCACAUGUUUAUCUUAGCUACAAUACAGAUGGUGUGGCAAAUCCGGUGCGUGCAAAAUCUGCGCGCCCCCGCACUUCUGGCGUGCCUCGUCCAACCACAGCAAGGCGCUACUGAAUUUUGUGCAGCCACCAAAUAUACAUAUUAAAUAGUUAUGGGACGUAAAUCGAAAACUGCAGCUGGUAAAAAGGGUGCCGCAUCUGCUAAGGGUGCCAUCAACAA